AUUUUCGUCUUUGAAGGUUUCGAGGAAAUGAAUGUAUGUUGCUUAUGACCUAAUUUUUAAAGUAUUAUCCAUGGAGUGCUAUGUGUGCAGGAAUCAGGAAGGAAAUAAAGAUAAGUGCAUCAAAACUACAAUGCAAUGUCUAGAAGAUGAACACUCUUGUAUAACCAAUAUUUCAUAUACAAUUCCUCCCUAUUGGUCGCCGAUGGGAGAACGAACUCAUUUUUUAUGGAAAGCUUGUAUUUCUACAGAAGAAUGUGAGCGUCAAAAAGAAAUUGCUGGUAAGACUUGUCAACGUGAAUGGUAUAUGGACUGGAGAUGUGUGGAAUGUUGUCAAGGUGAAUUGUGUAAUUAUUACGCAACGUUAUCAGGAUAUCGAUUAUAUUGGGAUAAAAAUUUAAUUAUUUCAAUUAUGGUGCCAUUUUUAGUAUAUCAUUUGUUUUAAUUACUUACUUACUUACGCCUGUUACUCCUUGUGAAGGAGCAUAGGCCACUCACCAGUAUUCUCCAUCCAACCCUGUCCUGGGCAAUUCUUUUAAGCUCCUUCCAGUUCCUAUUCAUCCUUUUCAUAUCUGCUUCUAUUUCUCGACGUAAUGUGUUCUUUGGCCUUCCUCUUUUCCAUUUCUCUUCAGGAUAUUGACCAGUGAAAAACACUUUGUAUAUUUAUUUCUAAAAGUAGGCUUCUUUUUGCUUACUUUUUAUAUGAAAUUCAGGUACUAUGUUGAAUGAAUUAUUUUGUAUAUAAAAAAUAUGUAGAUCAUAUAAAUAAAUUGUAAAACGAAG